AUCAACUGGUACUUAUAAAAAAAAAGUACAAAUAAUAAUAUCACUGAAUGUACGUAACACUGUAACAUGUAUCAAAAUUGUCAAAUGAAUCAAGUCAAUAAGUACCCAUUCGUUAGUUAGACGGUGACCCGCCUUUCAAACACGUUCAUAUCAAGAGUGACAUUGAACCUGAAAACAUACUAUUUCAUACGAAUCUUACCUUAUUAAUAUUGAUUAAACUUAAUGAUAACCAUAAAAAUAUUGUAACGAAAGUGAAAACUAGUGAAUAAGAAUACUUUUUAUUGUUAUUUUACUAUCAAUAAUUUAUUAAUAUGGCAUCAUUUUUUAAAUUUUAUAGACAUUACAGUCAAAAUUAUCCAAUAAGAACCAAUUUGGUACAAACUGGAAUUUUAUUUGGUUUGGGUGAUGUAACCGCUCAAAGUAUAGUGGAAAAGCGUAAAAUUAAUGAAAUAGAUUGGUUGCGUACAGUACGAUAUGCAUCUAUUGGUUGUGCAGUUGGUCCAUCAUUAAGCAUGUGGUAUAGAUCAUUAGACAGAUUUGGAACUAAAACUACUAUCCCAAUAAUAGCCAAAAAAAUUUUAACUGAUCAAUUGAUUGCAUCACCAUUAGUAAAUGGAAGUAUAAUGAUAAUGAGCAGAGUUUUUAGUGGUGAUGAAUGGCCUCAAAUACAACAAAAAUUAGAAGACAAUUAUGUAACAGUUAUACUGAACAGUUAUAUGCUUUGGCCUGCUGUACAAGCUGUAAAUUUCUCAAUUGUACCUCAGCAAUACAGAGUUUUAACAGUACAAAUUGUGUCACUAGCUUGGAAUACAUACUUAUCAUAUAUGAGUGUUGGCAGUGGAGCAAAAACACCUCAAAAAAUUUUAAAUGAAUUAUAAAACAAAGUGAAUACAAAAAUGUUAUUUUAUUGAAGAAUACACUUGAUUUUUAUUAAAUAGUUUAUGUUAUCUACCAGAAAAAAAAAUGAAAAAUUUUUUUUUAACAGUUGUUAAUAAAAUAGUUUAUGUAUAUA